AUGGAGAAGGCGGCGGCUGCAAGGAAGCGUAGAUCCAAAGAGACCGCCGGCAAUAGAAAAAGGAAAGGGGCACGCGGUGGCAACAAUGACGGCGUUGGGGAGGCAGAGGAUCACAUCAGCAACCUCCCCGAUGUCAUCCUAUACAUCAUCAUCUCCCUCCUCCCCACCAAGUAUGGCGCCCGCACACAAGCCCUCUCUAGCCGGUGGCGCCACCUCUGGCACUCCGCGCCUCUCAACCUCGAGGCUGAUGGUACCCUGUGUGGAUAUGUUCGCAAGCGUGUCCCCAUCGUCUCCAAGAUCCUCUCUAACCACACAGGUCCCUGCCGUCGCUUCUACUUCCCUUGCAUAUACGUGAAUUACAAUAGCGUAGAUAGCCAGCUCGAUGAGAUUGAUAACUGGUUCCAAUCUCGAGCACUUGAUAAACUCCAAGAGCUCGAUAUCGAAUACGCGCGUCGUUGGUGGAAUCCUCCUGAUAUGAGUUUCCCCUUGCCGGCAUCUGUGCUACGAUUUGCACCCACCCUCGUCGUGGUCAGAAUCGGCGGGUGCAAUUUUCCCAGUCAUAUCACAACAUCAGUGAUUUUCCCCCUCCUCAAGCAGCUCACCCUAGAAUAUGUUUCAAUCUCAAAGGAUGAAAUGACCCCAAUCAGCAUGACAAACCCGAUAUGCACUGUGAAAGUUUUGGCUCUUAACUCAUUUGAACCUCAGUUGGAUGCACUUCUAGACGUCCUUUGGUGCUUCCCCUGCUUGGAAAGGCUCUAUGUCAAUUUAUGCCAACACUCAACGAUGGAUAUGGAAAACAUGCUUCAGUGUGACACACUAGGUCCAAUAGAAAGCCUCGAGACCCAUCUAAAAAGAGUUGUAUUUGAGAAUUAUGAAGGCAAUGACCAAGAUGUUGAUUUUGCCAAAUAUUUCAUUUUGAAUGCAAAAGUGCUAAAGGAGAUCAAAAUUGCAGGCCCUAAGAGCCACCAUACAGAAUGGGUGGCUGAUCAACACAUACUACUGCAAGUGGAAGAUAGAGCUUCUAGAGACCUUGAAUUUGAGUUCAUGAGCGAGUGUAAAAAUUUCGGUUACAACAAGCAUAUCCAUGAUUUCAUCGAUGAUCCAUUUGACUGCUCAUGUUGUAGACGUGAGCUGGAUUGA